AUGACGCAAAAAAGACAGGUGGAUCCUCUGCAUUCCUUCCUAGCAGGCUCUUUGGCUGGAGCUGUCGAAGCCUCGAUAACAUAUCCCUUCGAGUUUGCCAAGACAAGAUUGCAGCUGGUCGACAAAUCCUCUACUGCGUCCAGGAACCCACUAAAACUUAUCUACAACACUGCAAAGGUACAAGGUCUGGGUUCAAUUUACGUGGGCUGCCCAGCCUUCAUCGUCGGAAAUACUGCGAAAGCGGGUGUAAGAUUUCUGGGUUUCGAUGCCAUUAAGAACGUUCUCAGAGAUCCGGUUACAGGAGAACUGAGCGGUCCUAGAGGUAUCGUCGCAGGUCUGGGAGCAGGUCUACUGGAAAGUGUCGUAGCUGUGACGCCAUUUGAGGCCAUCAAAACUGCUUUAAUCGACGACAAGCAAAGCAGUCAACCAAAAUACCACAACAACGGGCGUGGUAUGUUUCGUAACUAUUCAAAACUGGUCGUAGACCAAGGACUUUCAGGUCUUUACCGCGGUGUUUUGCCCGUCUCCAUGAGACAGGCCGCGAAUCAGGCUGUCAGAUUGGGUUGUUACAACAAGAUCAAGACUCUUAUUCAAGAUUACACCAAUACGCCGAAGGACAAACCACUCUCUUCUGGUCUCACCUUCGUGGUUGGUGCAUUUAGUGGCAUUGUUACCGUAUACACUACCAUGCCCAUCGACACUGUUAAGACGAGGAUGCAAAGUUUGAGUUCUUCUAAGUACACCUCAACUCUAAAUUGUUUCACCACCGUGUUCAAAGAAGAAGGGUUAAAGACAUUCUGGAAAGGCGCUACGCCCAGACUGGGUAGGCUGAUUUUGAGCGGUGGUAUCGUUUUCACCAUCUACGAAAAAGUCCUAGUUGUCCUCGGAAAUUAA